AAAAAAAAACAUAAAAUUAAAUUCAAAAUCUUACCAUCAAAAAUGAAUAUCGAUAUCUUCUGGACAUGCAGCAAAAUUCUAGUAUUUACAAUCGUUUACAUUCUCGGACGACUGAAUUAUUCCUUUGCGUGGAUCGUUCCUCUAUUCUUCACAUCAAUUCAAGAUCACAUACGUAAUAAAAGAGCUGUAAACAAAGCAGCUACACAUGCAGCACUGAAAAUGAAUGAACAGGAUUCGAUUUAUUCAAGACUUGAUGAAAUUCCAGCAUGGGUACUGUUUCCAGAUCACGAACGUUGUGAGUGGAUCAAUAAAAUUAUAAAUCAAUUGUGGCCACACAUUAACAGCAUUGUAUUAAAAAGUUUGAAGGAUCUCGAGCCUGUUUUGCAGCAGAAUCAAAUUUUGAGGAAUUUUACAAUCAAGAAAGUUGAUUUUGGAAAAGUUUCUCCUAGAAUAACAGGAAUCAAGGUCUACAACCAAAAUCAGUUGUUUGUAGACGAAAUAAUUUGGGAUUUGCAUAUUUGUUAUUUUGGAGAUUUGGAAAUAAGUUUCUCUUUGAAUGGCAUCGAAGGUGGAAUCAAGGACAUUGAACUUGAAGGUGUACUAAGGAUAGUUAUGAAGCCCAUUGUCUCUAGAACUCCAAUCGUAUCAGCUAUUCAAAUUUAUUUUCUCAAACAUCCAAAUACCAAUUUUGAAUUAACAUCAGGACUGGCAAGUCUUGAUAUGUUCGCUACUGGUGAAUUGAUUCGAUCGAUGUUAAAAGAUCAAAUAUCAUUAUCGAUGGUAUAUCCUAAUAAGCUACACAUUAAAUUAGAUGAAAAUGCUCCAUCAACAGCAUUCAUUAUGCCAGAAAUAGAAGGAAUUGUCAGAGCUAGCAUUUAUUCUGUGGAUAACGUCGAAGGAAGUGACAUUUUUUUAACAGUUGAUCUAGGUCAAGACUAUAUAAGAACUCCCGUCAUCAGCAGUUCAGAGAGUGAAUCGAAUUCCUUUAAAUUAACAUUUUCUCGUGACUUGAUAGCUUUUAAAAAUGGAGAUGUAGAGGUGCACAUGACAUUAUAUAAAAAGGAUGAGGAGAUCAAAAGCUUAAAGAUUGGAACAAUAUCCUUCAAUCUCCAAAAGAUCAAAGAACAGAAAUGCAUUGCUGGUGAUUUUAAUUUACCAUCAUUAGAAGUGAUUUCCAGCAAGAUUUGCUGGCUUCCAAUAACGCAAGAGAAUGGCGACAAGUGUGUUCUGCAAGUUUAUGUUGAUUCCGCAAGAAAUCUAAAGUCAAAAAUAUCGCCGUUUAUAGAACUUGCAGUUUAUGAUCAAACUAAGAAAACUUCAGUAUCAAAGAUUGAAGAUGAAACAGCAAAUUGGGAGAAGCACUUUAACUUCUUCAUAGAAGAUCCAGAAGAUGAAAAAUUGACAGUUAAGUUGGUAGAUCAAAAUACAUUUAAAACUAUUGGCACUUAUAUUUACAAUAUCAAAGAUAUUUUUGCACGUAAAUCCAAGCAGCAUGAUCUUCAAGCAUUUCCUUUAAAAAGCGCGCAAAACUGUGAAAUUGUUAUGGCACUGAAGCUUAACUUCCUGAAAAUCUUGCAAUAAACAAAAACAUUUUUGAAACUUGUUUCUAAAAGGUAGCUUAAUAAUACGCUUUGUUCGGGUGCUCGGGUGAAGAAAAACUUUUUAACCAGACAUCGUAGAGAGCUCAGUUAUGUUUGAUUAGCUCCGUUACUACUGAUUUAUUGGCCCAUCGAAUAGUUAAAAGUCUUGAAACAGUGUAUUUAUACUAUAAUUAAUGAUUUUUUUUUGUUUUCAGUGUAA